GAGUGACGCAGAAGAUGGGCUACGUUCGCCACCAAAAAAGGUGUGUAUUCAGCAAAGUGCAGGUAAACACAGGGCUCAAAAAUUUAGAAAAGAGUGGUUGUCUGAAACAGAAUUUAAAGAGUGGCUGUUACCUGUACAUGGAGACGAAUACAAGGCUAAGUGUAAAUUUUGUGGGAUAACACUUGUUACCGAAAUAAGUAACUUAAAGCGGCAUGCAACCGGUGGGAAACAUACAGCACUUAGAAUGUCUGCUACUGUUAGACAAACAUCGAUUUCUAGAUUUAUUGCAGCACCUAAAGUUGAUUUAGACAAAGAAGUUGCAUCUGCUGAAAUAAAACUUUCGGCAUUCAUUGCGGAGCACAAUGUUGCUUUUUCUGUUGCAGACCAUCUCACAGCUGUCAUAAAAGAUAUCUUUUAUGACCAUAAAAUUGCACAGAAAUUGACUCUUAAACGAACAAAAACAUGCAGUAUUGUAAAUAAUGUAAUAGCUGCCGAUCAUAAGGAGAAGUUGGCGAAUAAAUUAAAGAACACCAAAUUCAGCAUCCUUACAGAUGAAUCAACAGACAUAGGGACAAUAAAAAUGUCGUGCAUAGUGGUAAGGUACCAUGAUUUCCAGUCUGGAAGGAUAGAUAGCAAAUUCUGGGAACUAAGAGAAAUUUUUGACUCUUCAAAUAAAGUUGUGUGCGCCAGUGCAGAAAACCUGUUUCGUGGCUUGGUUGCUUCAAUCACAGAGUUUGGAAUUCCGUUGGAAAAUGUGAUCGGAUUUGGAGCAGAUGGAUGUAAUGUGAUGAUGGGUGAACAUAAUUCAGUAUCAUCUCGUCUCAAAGAAGCUUGUCCUGGGAUCGUGGUGGUUAAGUGCAUUUGUCAUUCGGCACAUCUGUGUGCUAGUGAAGCAUGUAAAGUGCUUCCUCGGUCUUGUGAAGAUAUGGCUCGUGAAAUAUACAAUUUCUUGAAGAGCAGUGCUAAACGACAGAGUGAGCUGAAAGAGUUUCAAACAUUUCUUGACAUGGAACCUUUGAAAAUGCUUCAUCCCUCGCAGACCAGGUGGUUGUCUUUGGUGGCAGUUGUUCAACGCAUUUUGGAGCAGUGGGAUGCUUUGAAAUUGUAUUUUACAGACUGUUGGUUGUCACAGAGACUCUUAAGUGCAGAAAACAUCUUCAAUGCACUUCACGAUCCUUUUUUGAAACUGUAUUUCAUGUUCCUUUCAUGGGUUCUUCCGAAAUUCACAAAAUUCAACGAAUUUUUCCAGACGAAGAAUGUUGUUAUUACAGAACUACAUACCCAAUUAAGAGAUCUCUAUACUGACAUUCUCCUUAGUUUCAUGAAAAGGGACUAUGUCAUGAAAACACCACUCGAGGAAGUCGAUCCUGCCCUGGAGAAGUAUCAUCUUCCAGACACUGAGAUGUAUUUAGGAGUUAAAGUCCUGCAGCACAUUGAUAAACCAGAAAUCACUUCCAAGCCCGAUAUUCGCUGUCAUUUCUUUCACAGGUGUAGAACUUUCCUCACGGUUGCUGCGCAAGAAAUAAGAAAAAGAUAUAAUAUGAAUGAUCCGGUUCUGUCGAAACUUAGCUACCUGCAACCUAAAGCAGCUCUUUCACCAGUAUUCAGGGUUAACUGCCCUUCCCUUCUUCCACUAGUAAAAGUAGUCCCAAGAAUUGUUUCUUGUGAUGAUGAUGCAAUUUUACAGCGUCUUGAUGAUCAGUGGAGGGAGCUUCCAUUUUCAAGGGCAAGGCUUCCAGAAGAUAUUGAUGAUGUAAACAGUCCUGACAUUUUCUGGAAUAUGCUUCUGAAACCAAGCUGUGACACACAAGAAGCUCAUUUCAAAGAAUUGGCUACAUUUGCACUUCAUGUGCUUAGUCUCCCGCACUCUAAUGCAGACUGUGAAAGAGUCUUCAGUCAGGUAAAUCUAGUGAAAACCAAAGUACGAAAUCGCCUCCUUCCAAAAACAGUGAACGGAGCUUUGCUUGCUUCCGAGUGUGUGAAGGAAAGUGGUACCUGUGCAUUGUUUCGCCCUACAGCUGAAAUGUUAUCGCGCAUGACAUCAGCAAACUUGUAUGCAUCCAGUGCACCAGAAAACGAUAUUGUGGAUAUUCUCUUCGAAAAGGAUGACUUGAGUUGUUAAAAAAAUUGUGUUUUUUUUUUUUUUUUUUUUUUUUAACUUAACAUGUGUUAAUUUUGGUGUAGUUUUUUUCCUUAGUGUAAUUGUUUCCAUGUAAUUUUUUUCCUUCACGAUUGUGUCAUGCCAAUAAAAUACUACCAAAAUGAAUAGCAAAAAAA